AUGGCGGAACCAGUGGAUCAGCUAAAUGAGCUUUUUGGAGGCCCGUUCCCUGAUGGACUCCCCAAGGACGUGUUGGGAGAGCUGCUGUCCAUCCUGCAGUUCCAUGCCAUCGACCCCCAAGAACUUUUCUAUAAAUGGGAGUCUUUCUGUCUGAAGAUGGGUGGAGAGGAAACAGUGUUGAGUCUGGAUUCCGUUCGGUCCUUCAAACGCAGCCUUCAAGAUUCUAUAGAAAGAGAAUCGCGAGCAAAGACGCAGAUGCGGGGCGCGGAGAAGAGACAUAUAGGAGCAGCAACACCUCGACCGGCAGCUGGUGGGAAUCAGGGGAUACUUGACAUGCUAGAUGAUUUUACUCCAAAUACGCCCAAACGAAGCGCGAACGGUCCCACUGGCAGUUCCGUAAAACGAAAGGCAUUCGACACUCCUACGAACUCAAGAUUUAAUAAAGGUGCGAAAUUGGAUUCUCCCGGGGGAGUUAAGACUCCAUCGCGGGCAGUCGACGGGACCGCCAACGGAAGCUCUGUAACCCCGUUCGCCUCCCGCCAAAACAGUGGCCAGGUUAUAGAGACGCUCAAUCCCCAUAUGAACAUGGCCUCCGCUCCGUUAGCACCCUAUGCGGAUUCCCGCAUCAAAUUAACCGCAAACACCGAUAUCAAGAAGUUUUCCUAUAAGCCUAUGGCCAUGAAAUUAUCAGAGGCCUCUGAGAUCCUCGAUGACCGGAUAGAUGAAUUUAUGGCAAUAGUCCAGAAGCAUCACAAGCUAGAGGAUUCUGCUUUUGGCAAUGCCGCCCACCAGAGCACACGUGAGAUUGUCGCUGUGGGGAGAAUAGCAUCAGACAGCCCAGAAGGGAGGCUGAAUACUGCAUCUCUUGUCCUCGAAACUUCUAGGAGGACGGGAGCAGGUCUACGGGUGCCGUUAAAAGUCGACUUGCUACAGAAUAUAAACUUCUUUCCUGGUCAGAUUGUCGCUCUGAAGGGUAUAAAUGCUUCUCGUGAAUAUUUCACUGUUUACGAAGUAUUGUCUGUCCCACUAUUGCCAUUGCCGGCUUCAUUGCAGGCAGAAAUCGAGGCCACGAAUGAAAAACUCGAUAGCUUUGGUGAUCAGCCACUGAACUAUAUAUUUGCAGCUGGCCCUUAUACGGCAGAUGACAACUUAGCCUUUGAACCGCUGAAGACUCUCUGCGAGAAGGCCGCAGAAGAGUGCGCGGAUGCUCUCAUAUUGACUGGGCCAUUUAUAGAUCUGGAGCAUCCUCUUAUUGCCUCGGGUGAUUUUGACCUACCCGAGCUGAAGGGCCUAGACCCGGACACUGCUACCCUCACCACCCUUUUUAAACACUGCAUUUCACGACCGUUGACCCAGCUCGCCUCGAAAGUGCCGAACAUCUAUAUAUUGCUUAUCCCUUCUGUCCGAGAUGCUGUUAGCAAACACGUCUCAUGGCCUCAGGAAAUUCUACCCAAACGAGAACUAGGGCUCCCUCCUAAACAGGCGAAAGUCGUCACAAACCCUGUUGCGGUUUCGUUAAAUGAAAUCAUGGUGGGACUCUGCGCUUCUGAUGUUUUGUAUGAGUUAAGACGAGAGGAGGUGGUGGGUGGGCGGCCGAGCGAGAGUGACCUUCUAAGCCGACUGCCCAGGUAUCUAAUCGAACAAAGGCAUUUUUCUCCAGUUUUCCCUCCAACGGCGCGGGAGAAUCUACCUAAAUCAGGCGUCGAUGAAAGUGUACAGAUCGGGUCGAUGCUUGAUACUAGGUUUCUCAAGCUUGGAGACUGGUGGAAAGCAAGGCCUGAUAUUCUAGUCACCCCUAGCGUACUGCCAGGGUUUGUCAAGGUCGUUGAAAGUGUGUUGGUUAUCAACCCUGGAAAGCUAUCCAAGCGUCGAGGGCCUGGAACCUAUGCCCAAGUCGCACUUCACCCGAGAAAAAUCACCGAAGAGGAGCAGGAUUCGAAGUUCGUCGGGCACAAAGUAUUUGAAAGAGCGAGGGUUGAUAUUAUCCGCAUAUAA